UCCAGCCUAUCUAAGUUGACCAGGUCGAGAUGCAUGUCACAUUGCAUCGAGUCACGCGACAUGACCCUGCCCAUCUUGUCUACAACAUUGUUAACGCCUAGGGAAUCACCUCACGUACUCAAUAGAAGGGAGGAAGACUCUCCUCCAAUUGGUGGAUUCACAAAAUCCAUCGUCCCUCACCUUCCAAACAGCAGCGCUCUCCUUGUCGCAUCAACCGCUCCACACGUGUCGAUGUCGCUGACGUGUCUGGAUAAAACAGAUACGCAAGCAAAUCUAUGCCAUGUUUGGUGUCGGCGGUCGCCAGGAGAUGAGUCAACUGCUCAAAAUCUUCGGUUUUUGUGGAUGACUGGCCCAUGGAUGAGUCAACUGGCCCAUGGAUGACUGACCCUUCGGCGUCUUCAGUGGAAUCUCAUCUCGCAUCUCUCUCCUCUGACCAGAAAGCCAGGUAGCUGGUCGAGAGCUGAACACAGAGUAGAGGAAGAGAGCAUUGAUGGCGUUGAAGAUUCUCACUGCUCUUGACCAUGCGCGAACGCAGUACUACCACUUCAAGGCCAUCGUCAUCGCCGGCAUGGGACUCUUCACCGACUCCUACGAUCUCUUCUGCAUCGCACCUGUGAUGAAGCUCAUCGGACGAAUCUACUACCAGGCCGACGAUAAAAGUCCCGGAGAGACUCCGCCGUGGGUGGUCUCCACUAUCGUGGCCGUGGUGCUCGCCGGCACAGUCGUCGGCCAGCUAAUGUUCGGCGCACUCGGAGAUCGAGUCGGUCGCCGUCGAAUCUAUGGCGUGUCGCUCCUCCUCAUGAUCGCCGGCUCCUUCGCCUGCGGCUUCUCCGUCUGCCGCACCCGUGGUUGCGUCCUCACCAGCCUCUGCUUCUUCCGCUUCGUGCUCGGCGUCGGCAUCGGCGGAGACUACCCGCUCUCCGCCACCAUCAUGUCGGAGUUCGCCAACAAGCGGACACGGGGCUCCUUCAUCGCCGCCGUGUUCUCGAUGCAGGGGUUUGGGAUUCUGGCGAGCUCCGGGGUGACCAUGGCCGUCACUGCCGCCUUCGAUCGCGCCACCAAGUCUUCCACCACCAACCCCCUGCACACACCGGAGGUCGCAGAUUUGGCCUGGCGGAUCAUCCUCAUGAUCGGGGUCGUUCCGGCGGCUUUGACUUUUUAUUGGCGGAUUUCCAUGCCGGAAACCGCAAGAUACACGGCGCUGGUGGAGCGAGAUGUGGAGAAAGCCACCAACGACAUGGGUAAAGUCUUGCCGGACUUCCACCUCAAGAACUACAUGGAAGAGUCAGAGACUUUACAGAGGCAACCACGGUCGCCGCCGGCGUACGGACUCUUUUCCAGAGAAUUCACGAGGCGGCACGGGAGGAACCUCUUUGCUUGCUCGAUGGCGUGGUUCCUCGUCGACAUCCCCUACUACAGCAGCACUCUGUUUCAAUCCCUAAUCUACCAGUCCUGGUUUCCGACUGAUAACUCCGUGAACGCCUUCCAGGAAGCCUACAACGUCGCCAAGUUCCAGGCCGUCGUGGCCGCGGCCUCCACCAUCCCCGGUUACUUCGCCACCGUCUACUUCAUCGAGCGGGCGGGGCGUCGGCGGAUCCAGAUGAUGGGCUUCGCCUUCAUGGCCCUAUUCAUCUUCGCGCUGGCGGCUCCGUACAACGCUUACUGGCACAAACACACCAAAGGCGCCGGUUUCAUGGUCUUGUACGGCCUGACCUUCUUCUUCUCCAACUUCGGGCCGAACACGACGACCUUCAUCGUGCCGGCGGAGUUGUUCCCCGCGCGGUUCCGGGCGACGUGCCAUGGGAUGGCGGGGGCGGCAGGGAAGGUGGGGGCCGCCAUCGGGGCGGUGGGCUUCCUCUGGGCUUCGCAGACGAGGCACGAGGAGGAGCGGAAGGCCGGGUGGAAGCCGGGCAUCGGUAUGAUGUACGCUCUGAUAAUGUUGGGCGGCGUUUGCGUUGUCGGGACGUUGCACACCUACCUCUUCACACCGGAGACGAAGAUGAGGUCGCUGGAGGAGAACGAGACAGGGGAAAGUGAGGACGACAACUCGAAAGAGCGGCCGCCGUUGCCGGCGAGGGCGCCGGCUGUUCAUCCUGCGGAAUCGCCGCCAUAGGAAAUUCAUUCUAAUUACUGCUCGGGCAGAAUAAUUAAUAAGAAAAAAAAGUCAAUUUUUAAAAUAUUCAUCCGAUAAUAAUUAAAAUGUCUUUUUAUUUAUUGAUAUCAAGUGAUGCAUAUCUCUAAAUUAAUUUUAGAGUAAAUGUUGACACCCUGUAAAUAUCUUUAAAAUAUGUAUCUUGUUCCUAUCAUAUGAUUUUCUCUCA